AUGAGGCUUCAACAGCUGCCGGCGCCGUUGCUCGCGCUCAUAUCGGCGAGCUGUGUGUCCGGCUUCUAUCUCCCCGGAAUCACGCCGACAAAUUACAAGCAUGGCGACCUCGUCCCAUUGAACGUGAACCACCUAACACCUGGACAAUCCGCCCGCGAUACCCAGAUUCGAUCAGCCUUCUCGUUCGAUUACUACCACCCAGCCUUCCACUUUUGCCAGCCAAAAGAUGGACUGCAACAUAUAUCAGAGUCGCUGGGCAGCAUACUGUUCGGGGACCGAAUCUUGACAUCACCAUAUAAUUUGCGCAUGGAGGUCAACGAGACAUGCAGGGCGGUAUGCGACGAGGUAUGGUUCGAGCCACGGGAUAGCAAGUUCGUGAACAGGAGGAUCUGGCAAAACUACAUCGUGAAUUGGCUCAUCGACGGACUACCUGCCGCGCAGAAUUAUCUGGAUCAGGACACGAACACGGAAUUCUACCAGCCUGGAUUCACCCUGGGAAAGGUGGAGAAUGAGCAGCCGCAUCUGAACAAUCACUAUGACAUUUACGUGGAUUAUCAUCAGGUUAGGAAGAACGAGUUCCGCGUGGUGGGCAUAUUGGUGGAGCCGUCUUCGCGCAGAGAUUCGAAGAGGACGGGGACUGGUGAUGAUAUGGCUGCGGAUUGUGGUGCGGGAGGAGCCCCGCUUACUCUUUCGGAGCAGGAUAGGACGAGAGUGCUCUGGACUUACAGCAUUCAUUGGAUCAAAUCACCGACGACUUUUGCGACGAGGUGGGACAAAUACUUGCAUGUGUUCGACCCGAAGAUACACUGGUUCUCGUUGAUCAACAGCGCUGUCAUUGUCAUGUUUUUGAUUGGCAUGGUCAGUACGAUUUUGGUCAGGACGCUUAGGAAGGACAUUGCACGAUAUAACAGGCUGGAUCAAUUGGGACUGGACGAUUUCAACGGAAACAGUGUUGUCGAUGAUAUUCAGGAAGACAGUGGGUGGAAGCUGGUCCAUGGCGACGUGUUCCGUCCUCCAAAGCACUCUCUCGCAUUGUCGAUCCUGGUUGGCAACGGAGCACAGCUUUUCAUGAUGGCUGGAUUCACGAUCGCGUUUGCGGUUGUGGGAUUCCUCUCGCCAAGCAAUCGCGGUAGCCUCGCGACCGUCAUGAUCCUCCUCUACACUUUCCUCGGCUUCGUUGGAGGAUACGUCAGCUCUCGAGUCUACAAAGGCUUUCAAGGCACCAAGUGGAAGCAGCUCUUCGUCCUGACUCCCUCGGCGGUACCGGUGUUCGUCUUCUCGAUCUUCUUCCUGCUAAACUUGUUCGUCUGGGCUCGUCAAUCAUCCGGCGCGGUCCCAUUCACGACCAUGCUCGUUAUCAUCGGUAUCUGGUUCGUGAUAUCACUUCCAUUAUCCAUGGCAGGCUCCUGGGUAGGAUUUCGUCAACCCAUGCCCGAUCCACCAGUCCGCACGAACCAGAUCCCACGACAGAUCCCACCUUCAAGAGGCUAUCUCCGUCUGGUCCCAAGCAUGCUCCUGGUUGGGGUCCUUCCUUUUGGCGCAAUCUUUGUCGAGCUGUACUUCAUCAUGAACUCACUCUGGAGCAAUCGGAUCUACUACAUGUUCGGCUUCCUCUUUCUCAGCUUCGGCCUGCUCAUCGUCACGUCCGCAGCUGUUACGAUCUUGAUGAUUUAUUUCCUGCUCUGCUCCGAGAAUUACCACUGGCAAUGGAGAGCCUUCGCAAGCAGUGGAUCUAGUGCCGGAUACGUAUUCGCCUACAGCCUUCUGUACUGGGCCAGGAUGCUCAGCUUCAGCAGCUUCACCGGAGGACUACUAUUUCUGGGGUACUCAAUAUUGCUGAGUUUCCUGUGGUUCCUGCUUAGUGGCUCCAUCGGCUUCUUCGCCUGCUGGGUGUUUGUACAUAGGAUAUACGGGUCGCUCAAAAUCGACUAGCGGGUCUCAAUGCGCCCAACAAUCGAUGAACAGCAAUUCUCGAGCAGUACGCGGAGUCACAGAAACGCCUUCAACAAGCUUGCGUUGCCCGGCCCGAAGUGGAGCACAGAUGCAAGACAUUUCAGGUAAAUGGCGCGAUCUUCCACGACGCGGAUCAGUUCAAUGUGUCGACGCAUUUCUUUGCCAAACGAGAGGAAGGCCGAGCGAUUCCCGCAAAAGCUGGAGACCGGCAUUCGUGGCCGUGGACAUAGGAGGUAAUUGUCACUGCCGUCUUUUGGGCGUCGCUGCCAAUGGUAGGCACCGGAGUUCAGUCCAGCAUCUCAGAUGCGGCUCCUGCCUCAGCCUCCCGAUCUGAUCUGCUGCAGCUCCCAUGUGCGACGGUGCGGUGGUCUGUUUUCGUUCCGUCUGAGCGGGGAGAUGAUCAGCAAGCACGAUGGAUACCUUUGGCGUCAACUAUACGUCAGCGUCAUAGAGGGGCAUUCAUUCCACCAACGCC